GCGGACCGACAACAGGACUUGGACGCAAUCCUCGUGGACGAGGGCGCGUAGCUGAGAGAAGGGAGCGCUCAUCGCCGUCAUCAUUAUCAGGCUCAGCAUCACCAUCAAAACUCCAAAUAAUAGUGUGCAGUGGUGUCAAUGCCGGGAGCCGUCGGUCUGCGGGAGUGCCCUGUUUCACUGUCUUUCCGCGACCAUCUAGAUCUACACACAGCCUGAGAAGAGUGUUCCCUGGGGAGACUGAAAGGAGGGGUAAUGGAAGCUCUUGAACUGUCCUGGAGGAAUACAAAAACUAACCUCACAAAACUGACAUAUGCUGGCUGGUGAUAUGAGCGUGUAGAUCUUUGACCCUGUGGUAGGACCUCUGUGUGUGUGUGUGUGUGUGCGCGCGCGUGUAUUGGUCUGCUGGCCGUUUGUGUAGUGAGAAGUGUGGGCCACGCCAUGCCAGUGAAGGGGAAGUACCUGCUGAAUGAACAGGAGCCCAAGCAGGAGGCCCUGUACCGCAAAUUCUCCUGCAUCAGUCAAUACCAGCUGCUCGUCCUUCUUCUCGGCCUCACCACAUUCUCCUGCGCUGUGCUCAUCGUCCUCUUCUUUGCCCUGGGGCUGAACGCCAGCAACCACAGCGGCUUUGUGAGUGCGGGUGCCUGCGGCCUCUGUGUGUUCCUGGCCGUCUUUGUGCUGGUGUGUACCGAGUCCCUUAGCCAGCGUUGGAGGAGACUGCUGGGUAUGGUGGUGUGGGCCACACUGCUCAUCAUGGGCUUCACCUUCAUCUUCUCAAGCAAUCUCAUUCGUGCCUGGGACCAGGUUCCUUUCUUCCUCUUCAUCAUCUUCACGGUGUACACCAUGAUGCCUUUUGAGAUGCACUAUGCCAUCCUCCUGAGCAUUCUCUCCUCAUUGUCGCACAUCAUGGCCCUGAGUGUCUACUUGGCCAUCUUCAGCCACGUGUCGUACCACUCCUUGGCAAAACAGCUCCUGUCCAACGCAGUGGUGUUCCUCUGUGGCAGUGUGGUGGGAGCCUUUCACAAGGUCUUGAUGGAGAGGGCACUUCGGCAGACCUUCCAAGACACACUCAGCUGCCUGGCCAUCCGCAUGAAACUAGAGAUUGAAAAAAGGCAGCAGGAGAACCUUCUGCAGUCGGUGCUGCCCGUCUACAUCUCCAUGAAGAUGAAGCUGGCCAUCAUGGAACGGCUGCAGGACUGCAAGGACAAGCAGGAACAACAGCGCCUGGUCAGAGACAAUAACUUCCACAGUCUCUAUGUCAAGAGGCACGAGAAUGUCAGCAUCCUGUAUGCUGACAUUGUAGGCUUCACCAGGCUAGCCAGCGACUGCUCACCCAAGGAGCUGGUCAUCAUGCUCAAUGAACUCUUUGGAAAGUUUGACCAGAUUGCCAAGGAGAACGAAUGCAUGAGAAUCAAGAUCCUAGGAGACUGUUACUACUGUGUGUCCGGUCUUCCCGUCUCACUGCCCAAACAUGCCAAGAACUGUGUGAAAAUGGGGCUGGACAUGUGUGAGGCCAUCAAACAGGUGCGAGAAGCCACAGGUGUGGAUAUUAACAUGAGAGUGGGCGUGCAUUCUGGCAACGUGCUGUGUGGUGUGAUUGGCCUUCGCAAGUGGCAGUUUGAUGUGUGGUCCCAUGAUGUCACCCUGGCUAAUCACAUGGAGUCCGGAGGUGUUCCAGGACGUGUGCACAUCACAGAAGCUACUUUAAAGCACCUUAAUAAGGCCUAUGAAGUGGAAGAAGGAAACGGGCAUCUAAGAGACCAGUAUCUGAAGGAGCAGAACGUCAAGACUUACCUGGUCAUUGACCCUCGGUCCAAGGAACAAGGCCCCAAUGACCGUAAUCUCACAAAAGCACGCGUGAGCGACGGGUUGAAAAUGCGGGCCUCUGUUCGGAUGACCCGCUAUCUGGAGUCCUGGGGUGCCGUCAAGCCUUUCGCUCACUUACAGGGCCGGGAGGCUUACAGUGCUGAAGCCAUGGUCAAUGGCAAAACUCGUUGCAAGGAUAUCCCUUUGCGAUCGGUGCCCUGUUCCAAAAUUAUGGAAAGCCCAGAUGAGUGCUUAGAGGAGCCGUUUCCCUCCCCUGCCCCUCCACUCACAAUCAAUAAGAACAAGUCCCAGAAGAGCAAGUUUGAUGAAGAGCUCCACAAUGAGAUGACUACGACCAUCGAUGAACUUAGCUCCAGCAAGCAGUGGGUCAAGUCGGAGGAGAUCUGCAGCCUCACGCUUUGGUUCACAAAGAAAGACCUGGAGAAACAGUACCGAGCUAUUGACCUUCCAAGCUUCAAGUACUACAUUGGUUGUACCACAUUCAUCUUCUUCUGCAUCUUUUUUAUCCAGAUGUUCAUCACAAAAGAGCCCCAAACGCUGGGGGUGUCUUUUGGCGUGCUGGCAUUUAUCCUCCUGGUGACUGCAGGGGUCUGUUUUGCAGGUCACCUCCAGCGCUUGUUCCCAGAUAAGCUGGCAUCAUGUCAGUGGUUGUCCACCAUGUCCGAGGCGGUGGGAAAAAAGCCAUGGGUGCGUCUUCCCCUGGCAAUUUUCUCUACUACCAUCAUCAUCAUUGUUGCUGUCUUCAGCCUGUGCUUUGUGAGCCCCUGGAGCCCAUGUGAGGCCAACAACACCACCAUAACCUAUCUGAACCACAGUCAGCUGCUGGACCUGGAGGACACGCUCUUCUACCUGCCUUACUCUGUGUACUGCUGUGUCCUGGCUCUCAUUGCUUGUGGUGUGUUCCUGAGGGUCAGCUUUGAGCUGAAGCUGGCCUUCCUCAUCAUAGCCUCCACAGCCUACUACAUCAUCAUCCUCAGUUCAGGUGGUCAGCUCUUCCACUGCUACGGACGCAUCCUCUACCACAAUGUUAACAACAGCAGCCUAAUGUCCAUAGACAUCCUGCUUCAACUGGGCCUAGUGAAGCACCCUCAGGUGAUGAGCUGCAUGUACAUCACUCUGUUCCUGGUCACCAUGCUCAUCAUCAUACGACAGAACGAGUACUGCUGCCGCCAGGACUUCUUGCUGAAACAUAAGAACCGCACAGAGCAAGACGAGAUCGAAACCCGGGAGAACCUCAACCGGCUGCUGCUGGAGAAUGUGCUGCCAGCUCAUGUAGCCGCACUCUUCGUUGGGGAGAACAAAAAAAAUGAGGUGGGACUCCUCACAAACACUAUAUUCACUGGAAAACACAAGGACCUGUACUACAAGUCCUACGACUGCGUGUGUGUCAUGUUUGCCUCAGUCCCAGACUUCAAGGAGUUCUAUACUGAAUGUGACAUCAACAAGGAGGGUCUCGAGUGUCUGAGGCUACUUAAUGAGAUCAUCGCCGACUUUGAUGAGCAGCUGCUGUCCAAGCCCAAAUUCAGUGGGGUGGAGAAGAUCAAAACCAUUGGCAGCACCUACAUGGCUGCUGCUGGGCUCAGUGGAACCCUGGGGCAGGAGAACAACCAGGACAAAGAGAAGCAGCAGGCCCAGAUUGGGAUCAUGGUGGAGUUUGCCAUCGCCCUCAUGGGCAAGCUGGACGGAAUCAAUCGUCACUCCUUCAAUAGCUUCCGGCUGCGAGUGGGGAUUAACCAUGGGCCUGUGAUCGCCGGUGUCAUUGGAGCCAGAAAGCCCCAGUAUGACAUCUGGGGCAACACGGUCAAUGUGGCCAGCAGAAUGGAGAGCACUGGAGAGCUGGGCAAAAUCCAGGUGACAGAAGAAACGUCCGUUGUGCUGCAGAAGCUGGGCUACUCCUGUGAAUGCCGUGGCCUGAUCGAUGUCAAAGGCAAAGGCGAGCUGAGGACCUACUUUGUGUGUACGGACAGCAGCAAGCCCCAGGGUAUAGGGCUGAGCUGAGGGUGCAUGUGGCUGGUGGUCGAGCUGCUGCUGCUCCAGUGACUGCAGCCCCACCGCUGUUGACAUAACAAAGGGACCAAAAUAUAGAGGGACAGGGUGGAGUGAUGGACUAAAUUGACUGACCUCUGCAAUGGACUGACCACAGGAGAGCAGCCCAGUCGUUGCUGCCCUCUACCGAUGAAGAUUAAAAAUAAAUUGUCUGAGAACAAGAUUAGCUUUCAUAUUAGUUAAGACAGCUCAUUCUGUAUGCUAUGAUUGGGCAAUUAUUACGCUAAUCGAUUUCAUAGCUAUUUCAUUGUUAAUACCCACCAUCUACAUGUUAAUAUUCGAGCAACAUGUUAAUAUUCAUGUGUUUUUAUUUGACAAUUUGUGAAUCAGACAUAUUAUUUAGGUUUCCAAGCCAGCCGCUUGAGUUUUGUUAUUUUUUCUCAUCACCUUUUCC